AUGGGGACGGAGAUUGUGGCACAACUUGAGUACCGAAGAACAAUUAGGCGUAAAUCUCAUAUAGAAUCUUUCAGCUGUAGCACCCUUCCGGUGCCUAGCUGCCAUGCUACCCGAAGAAGGCACGACGGCUUGGAUACUGCUAGGUCGCCCAAGCCUAGACAAGGGCAGUCGAGAGGUAGAGGCCGGGUUCGAACCAUGAACCUUCCACUAGAGCGAUAUGUAUGUAUCAAUUCACGUGUUACAACUGAAAAAAAUCGUCCAGCUGUAGCACCUUUCGGUGCCUAG